AUGCGUUUCUCCGCUGCUUUCAUUUCGACGCUCCUGCUUUUCAGCACCGCACUGGCUGGCCCAGCUGCUCAGGCGACCUCGUCUGUAGGAGCCAGUCCAUCUGCACAAGCAGAUGGAAACAAGCAGGAUGCUGCACGGCCCAAAGCCAAUAAUGAGAAUGUAUCUGAUGCCGCAAACCCCUCUGUUCAACUCCCCGACAAAGUUGCAGACACAGCAGUGCAACAGGGUACGCAGACCGCAACCCACGCUGCUCCCACUGCAGCUGGCUUGGCCGCCGAGCCGAGCAGCAGUAGCAACGAUGACAAGGUUAAAGACAUUGUUGACGCAACGAGCGCAUCUCAGAAGGACACCCCGAAUGCCGCGCCAUCCGCCAAUGUUGAUGGUACCUCCGCCAAUUCAGACUCCUUGGGCGUGAACAGCAUUUUGCCGGCAGGAAAUACUGCUUCAGGAAGCACCGCUCCUAAGGCUGUCCAAAGCACCGGCUCAGCCUCUGGUACCCAGGGCACAGCAACUGUCACUCAGACCGCAAAGUCUGGAGAAAGUACUCAGAACUCCUUCACCGGAGGCGGCAGCACGGGGUCGAACCCUCUAUCUCUGGACGGUACUUUCUUAGACUCUUUCUCAGAUUUUGUAAAGUUCCUUGACGGAGUGAAGGGCCUGCUUGCCCCUACUCUGCUGUCCGAUAUCGAGUCCUUCUUCCACCAUGUUGCCUAUCUCCUUGACGACAAGACCACACAGCAAACGAAAGACUUGCUGGGUACUGUAUCCGGGCUCCUCACCCAGAGCUUGAUCACCAAGAUUACUGGCCUGCUUGACAAUGCCAGUGAUCUCUUGACUGUUGAUUUUGUCAAGGAAACUAAGGGUUUGAUCAAGGCGGUCGCUCCUAUGGUAACUCCUGAGUUGUUCAAGGAGAUUAACAGCCUGCUUGGCAACGCCAACCAUCUUCUGACUGCUGACUUUGUGAAGGAGACCAAGGACCUGAUCAACACUGUAUCGCCUGUCCUUACUCCUGAUCUAUUCAAGGAGAUUAACAGUCUCUUGCACAAUGCCAACAACCUCCUCACUGCUUCAUCCGUGAAGGAGAUCAACGGGCUGUUGAACAACGCCGGUGUUCUGCUCACUCCUGAAUUCGUCAAGGAGACCAAGAGCCUCAUCGGUGCCGUUGGUCCUAAUAUCACUCCUGAGCUGUUCAAAGAGAUCAAUAGCGUUCUUGGUAACGCUAACCACCUCCUCACUCCUGCGACCGUCAAGGAGAUCAGCGGCUUGCUGGGCAAUGCCAACGCUCUACUGACACCGGCAUCCGUCAAGGAAAUUGGCGGUCUUCUCGGCAACGCCAACGACCUCCUCACCCCGGAUUCUGUGAAGGAAAUUGGCGGACUCCUAGGCAGCGCCAGCAGCCUGUUGACACCGGGCUUUGUCAACGAGACUCAGGGCUUGAUCGGCGGCGUGUCGAAGUAUCUGACACCAGACGUCCUGGCCUCCGUCGGCUCACUCCUGGGCAAUGCCAACGACUUGUUGACACCGGAGUCCGUCAAGGAGAUUGGCAACCUGCUCACAAGCGCCAGCGGACUACUCACACCAAAGUUCGUCCACGAGACCCAGGGCCUGAUCGAUCUGGUUUCGCCAGCUAUCACGCCUCAGCUGUUGACGAACGUCUCGUACCUGCUUGGCAAUGCGACUGGUUUGCUGAACCCGUCCUUCGUCAACGAUACCCGCACUCUUAUCACUGAUGUCUCUCCUGCCAUCACACCCAACCUGCUCGUCGAGGUUGGUGGUCUCCUAAGCAACGCCGGAGAUCUCCUCACACCCAAGUUCGUGAAUGAGACCCAGACUCUGAUUGAAGAUGCUGCGGAUAUUCUCCCACUUGUGAUGAAGCUGCUCGGAUCGUUGUAA